AUGGUUAACAAAUGUGCUGCAUCAAAAUGUACAUCGGUAUACUUAAGAAACAAACACAAACAAAUUGCAUCUUUUCAUUUUCCAACAAACCAAAACUUAUAUCAACUUUGGGUACGAUUUGUUAAUCGUUCUGAUUGGACUCCAACAAAACAUUCUGUUUUAUGUGAACUUCAUUUUGAAGAUAAAUAUAUAAUUAAAGUUAAAAAUGAACAUAAUUUGAAUGAAGCAGUAGCACCACCAAGGUUUCACUUUAAACGAUUUGAAAAAGGUGUUGUAUUUUAUAAUAUAAUAUUUAAUGAACAGACAUACUUUCCAACUAUAUUAGAAUCAAUAACAGUUGAUGUAGAUUUAAAUGUAUUUUUGAAAUACAAAGAAACACCACUUCCAUUACCAAGUUGGUUUGUUAAAGAACAUAAUGCAAAACCUAAUAAAAUUAGUAUGCUAGAAAAUUUUCCUUCUUAUUAA